GAACAACUUACCCUGCCCCAGGACCUUCUAACCGUUCGUUUCUUCAACUUUGGUUACCUAGGAUCCUUCGCUUUUCACCGAGGGGCCCGGAAAGGUCGCUUGUCCAUUCGUUUUGAGGGAAACGCGAAGUUGUAGCACUGUGGUCCUUUUUUCCUUUUCGCGACAGCUACUUCCGACCGCCAACCUCCAACCAGCCGAUCGUUUCAACGUCACGCGAAGCACCUACCCCCGAGUGUUCGUUCGUUCCGCCAGCGCCGUCGCCCUCCCGCCUUCAGCGCACUAGGCAAGGCCAUCGAAGAAUCUGGACUGCCCCAGGCCCGAGUUCGCCCUUCCCGACUCAGCCGACGCAUUCCAGCACCCCGCAUAGACCACCCGUGCCGUAGAUACCGCAACCAGCGAGGUGGAUCAAACCGGGCGUGAGCCUUCAGCCUCAAGGACGUCACUCCUCGGUGCCGAACCUCGACUCUACACAAUUCACAUCCUUGCUCGCUACUCGACCCUCGCUCACGUGGACGACAAUGGUUCGAUCCCUGCUGCCUUUGGGCGCCGCCCUGCUCGGCGCGGCCACCGUCCUGGCCGACAGUCCCCAGAAGUGCUCCUUGACGCAGAAGUGCCCUAAGGAGGCGCCGUGCUGUUCUCAGUACGGCGAAUGCGGCGUCGGCGCCUACUGCCUCGGCGGCUGCGACCCGCGCAUGUCCUUCUCCCUCGACUCGUGCGUGCCCGAGCCGGUGUGCCAGUCCAAGACGUACAAGAUGGACUCCCUCGACCGCUACAAGGACAUCAGCAAGUAUCUCGGCGACCCGAACGAGGCGGACUGGGUCGGCCAGGGCCAGCCGCUGGUGUACAACGGAAAUGUGCUCCUGACCAUGCCGCCGAACUCGGUCGGCACCGUUCUGGCCUCGACGACGUACAUGUGGUACGGCAACGUCAAGGCGAAGCUUAAGACGUCCAAGGACCGCGGUGUGGUGACCGCCUUCAUCCUACUCAGCGACGUCAAGGACGAGAUCGACUACGAGUUUGUGGGCGCCGACCUGAGCACCGCCCAGACAAACUACUACUUCCAGGGCAUUCCCAACUACGACAACUCGGUCAACAUCACCGACCUGUCCGACACGUACAACAACUUCCACGAGUACGAGAUCCGGUGGACGCCCGACGAUAUUACGUGGCUCGUGGAUGGCAAGGUCGGCCGCAUCAAGAAGAGGGCGGAUACGUGGAACGCGACGUCGAACCAGUGGGCGUUCCCGCAGACGCCGGCGCGCGUGCAGAUCUCCAUCUGGCCCGGCGGUCUGGCGUCCAACGCGCAGGGCACCAUCGACUGGGCCGGCGGCGUGAUCGACUGGAACUCGGACGAGAUCAAGAAGUACGGCUACUACUUCGCCACCUUUGGCGAGAUCACGGUCGAGUGCUACAACGCCUCGAGCCCGCCGGGCACCAACAAGGGCGUGUCGUACUACUACAACGACGUGUCGGCCACCAACAACACGGUGGUCGACAGCGACAAGCCGACCGUGCUCAAGAGCUUCCUCGCGACGGGCACGGACAUGAACAAGACGGACGGCACGACGACGGGCAGCGCGACCGGCACCGCCUCGUCCUCGGUCAACGCCAUCCCCGGCGGCGGCUCGACCCCGGGCGGCGGCGCCCAGGUGCCCGGCAGCAGCAACUCGGGCUCGUCCAGCUCCGGCUCGAGCGGCGGCUCCAGCAGCAACAGCGCGCCCGACUGCGCCACCACGGGCUUCUCGCAAUCCUGCGACAGCGGCAGCGGCAGCGGCGGCUCCAACCCGAACAACGCCGCCCGCGCCAUCGACCGCACCCUCGGCGCCAGCGCCUUUGCCGUCGUCAUCGGCUUUGCCGCGCUGCUUCUCCUCUGAUCUCUCUCCUUCCCUCCCUCUCUCUCUCACGGUUGGGUUUUACUUGUGUCCAAUCUAUUAUUAUGUCUUGGCCAUUUGCUUUUGCCAAUUGGUGUUUGUUCGUCCCUGGGCAUAUCGGCGGCGAUCUCUCUUGGUUCGCAAACAACAACAAACAUGAAACGAGAAAUGGCGGCCCCCCCACCCGAGGCUGUUUGUGUAUGUAUGGCCUUCUUAGCCCGGCCCGGUAGUAGUACUCUGCGGCGCGAUAUGACCCGUCAUCUAAUGUCUAGCUCUACUUUUACUGCUUUUUUUUUUUUCUGUAUUGACUUGGAUACCGAUAUCGUACCGUCUCCCUCGCCGUGCUUGUACACAACGCUGGUUUGGGUUAACGCUUAUUUGGGUUUUUCGGUGCUUGUCCCACCUCCUUUUCUUAUUUUUCGGUUCUUGCGUAUCGCGCGUGGGAUGGGAAGGGGAGGUUGUGGGUUACAUUGCAAACAGGCACAGGGUUUCAAGAUGCCAGUUCGGUCAUAUUUUGAAAGGUUUCGCCGUCAUUUUUUUUGGAUGCUUGACUCGUGGACUCUUCUCAAAGGUCUCGGUAUUGAACGGUGUGUGCUGCAAGUGAGCGCUUGCGGUUUCCGUUUGGACC